UAGCCAGGCAAGUCAGUGUGAGCAUAGAGAAGGAUCCAGUCUACCACCACCAGGUCAGAACACACAGGCAGUAAAUUGCAUCUCCAGUUUAUUGAAAAGUGAAGCCUCACACUGUAACAAAAGACAUCAAUAAUGACUGGCCAGACCUGUGGAGUGCUAAACAAACAGAAGACUUCAAAUCCAAGAACCCCUGGUUGGGAUCCAAAAACAAAAAAUUGGGAUGUCUGGUCUGUAGCAGUGUGAACUCCAUUGGGAUCGACAAGGAGCAAGGACAAGGUGUAUCGCUCUCAAGAGAAUGGAUGAACUUUGAAAUUCAAGUGUCUGGCCAGGGAAGUAGAACAACAAGUUUGUCAAUCUUGAGAAAUAAGGUGAGGAAACAUGCGUUGUCCAAGGCCCACACUCAGGCUGUGAAGGUGGCAGAGCAACAGAAAGAAGCUGCCAUUGAGAAUGCAGUGGAGACUAUGACUGAGUCCUACAUGAAGGAAACUGAAGCUGUGUUUCGAACAGCCUACCAUCUGGCCAAAAAGAACCGACCCUUUUCUGACCAUGAGAGCCUCAUUGAGCUGCAGGAACUGAAUGGUGUAAAAAUGGGCUCAAUACUUCAUUCACGUUACAGUGCAACACAAAUAAUACAACAUGUUGCUAGUGAGAUGCAGAGCAAAAUCAUCAGUAGCAUUAUAGCAUCAUCCAGUAAGUUAGCUGUCCUAAUUGACGAGGCAUCUUCUUUAAGUCACAAAGCUGUCAUGACAGUUUCUAUUAAAGCAUCAAUUCAAGAAGAAAGCCCUGAGUUCAUAUUCCUGGAACUUGUUGAACUGGAAAAUCAGAGAGCAGAUGGCAUAUUACAGGCGUUACUCACCUGUUUAACUAAUGCUGGCUUUACAGAAGAGUGGCUUCAUGAAAACUGGGUAACAUUUGUAUCUGAUGGAGCCAGUGUCAUGCUAGGAAAGAAGUCAGGAGUAGCAACCAGACUGACUUUGAGAUUCCCAAAGCUUUUUGUAUGGCACUGCAUGAACCAUAGACUUGAACUUGCUGUGUCAGAUGCAGUUGAUGAGGUAAACUCUGUCAAUCACUUUAAAACUUUUAUCCAGAAGCUAUACUCUCUGUAUAGUGUGUCAAACAAAAAUGAACGUGAACUUGUUAAUGCAGCAGCUGAAGUAGGCUCACAACUUCUUCGCAUUGGCAGAAUCUUGGAUGUACGCUGGGUGGCCAGUAGCUUUCGGACUGUUCAUGCUGUUUGGACAUCCCUGGGAGCUCUUGUGCAGCACUUUAAAAAUGCUUGCAGUGAUGAGAUGAGGUCCACCAAAGAGAGGCAGAUGUACAGAGGUUUGUUAGACCGUGUUCAAAGUCCAGAAUUCAUUUGUGACCUUGGCCUCAUGUACGACACUCUCCAUGAACUAAGUCUCCUGUCACAGGAGCUUCAGUCUCGUUCUAUAACGCUCCUCAGAGCAGAGCAUCUGCUGAAACGCUCAAUCAGAGUGAUCCAGUCAUUCAAAGAGAGUCCAGGUGAGAAAUAUAGUGAGGCUUUAGAAGCAAAACAGACUGGGGAGUAUCGGUCUAUAGCCCUGAAAACAAAUGCAAAGCUGAAGUCUAUCAAUCCAGGCCAGUUCUUACAAAGCCUUGUGAACAAUCUGGAGAAACGCUUGUCUUUUUGAAGAUGAGACCAUCAUGGACCUCAGCAUCCUUGA